AUGCCUCGUCCUGCCCCCAAACGAAGUCGUACAGUGGGAAAAAGUCAGCCCAAACCCACGACAGAAGAGUCAACGCAACAAAUUGACUGCAAUGUCGCCAAAUCGCCUUCGCAGCUUGAACCCGGCUCAGCCUUGGAUCCUAGACAGGCACUACGCAGUCAAACGCCCUUGACCAAAAGUCAUGAACAAUUAAUUGAAUCUUCGCCCAUGGGGGACCGGCCGGGCACCGGCAGUCGACCUGGAACUGGGAGUCGACCCCCUACAAGAUCGCGCGGUUAUUCUUCUACGCUAUCAUUCGCCGGACGCAAAGGUGACACAGGUUCCCGCAUUCCCGGAACGCCUGGAUUCGAUAAUUCCGUUUUGAGCAACUUCAGGCGGCGACCGCGACAGCAAAGCAUUCUGCAGAUGAUGCAAGCCGACGAUGGCUCUUCCGACCUUGAUGAUGAUGACUUCCUUGGUGGGCUUAGCCCCAAUGAUGAAUCAACACCACUGAAUCUCUCUCGGGGAAAGUCACUACUUAUUAAGCCAACCGACAAGUCACCAUCCCCGUCACCUUCCAAAUCACCGCUAUCCGACGGUACGCGCAAGCGCAGGCGCAUGACCCAAGAGAUUCAAGUACCACAGUCGCCUAUUGAUAUGGUAGAAGAUACUCCAACUGCGACACCGAACCAACGCGACGCAUCUCGACAUGAGAUUGAAGACCAACAAGUUGCUGAAGAUGAUGUUGAAUCUGAAGACGAGGAUCUUGAAGAUCAGGAUGUGGAGGUUGAAAGAGUCGAGGCGACAUCACAAUCCCAACGAUUCCCAGAAAUACUGAGCCAGACUAUGUUACCACCAGCCAGCAGCCCUGCUGGCUCCGCUCCACCUGGUGAUUCCACACCGCGACCUGUUCAGAAGAAAAAUUCCAAUGCCCCCAGUCAUCUAUCGACAGCAAACCUGCAAGACAAGCUUUUACCACGUCGCCGGCGCAGACUCCGCACGACCAAUGACUACUACAGCGACGAAAGUGAUCAGCAUGAUGCCGCAUCUAGUGGCGAGGAUGAGUUGAACUACCCAUCACAAAGAUCAUCCGGGCGGCGAGCAGGGAAAAACAAACCCAAGCCAUUAACCAACACCCGCAAUCUAAAGCCGAAGAAGAUUAAAGAGAAAAAAAAUAAUAAGUCGGUACCAAAAGAAGCUACGUAUUCACGUCAAGCGAGUGGUGACAAAGAGAACGAAAUGCUUUCAUCGCCAUCAUCUUCUCUAUUGUCAUCACCACCGGAGUCCGAUGUCACUGAUUCCGAAUCUAUACAAACAGAGGCCACUCGUUAUGUGAGCGAUGAGUUGCGUGCGGCAGUCAAAAAGUUUGCGGAAGUGGACCAAUGGAAGAUGGAAUUUGAAGAUGUCUCUGCUUCAGAGAGUUAG